ACGAGUCCAAUCUUUUUCAUCUACUUUAUUGCUGCUACGCUGGUAAUAGUAACGCACACGUUUAAGUUGUCACUGAGUGUUUCUCUAAAAUACUGCUGUACUCUCUUAUUCUGCCUGACACAAAUAUUUGUCUACUGUCAUGUUGGAGAACGGGUGAAGACUGAGAGUCUUGCUGUGGGAGAUGCAGCUUACAGCUGCCACUGGUAUAAGCGCACAAACAGAUUCAAACGUCAUAUUUUAUUGAUUCUCGUCCGGGCACAAAAACCCUUGUAUUUCAGUGCAGGUUAUGAAUACAUCAUAUACAUUUUACACCCUCCUGAGUAG